AACAUGGCAAAAAGUAAUUAAGAAAACAGACUAAAUUGAAUGAUAAUGUUCUAAAUUUAAAGGCUUUUUUGCUGCUUUGAACAUGAUCCAGGAUGGAAAAACUACAAAGCAGGACUGGUCAAAUCUGGAUAGUGUUAUUCUACACUCCAGGUAACUUCUAUGAAACAUAGUUUGUGAGUUUGGAUAUGUUUAUUCAAAUAUCAUUUUUAAGGCUUUUUAUGUCUUGUACCAGGAUUCAGCUUGAAAAUGAGGUGAGAUUCAGAUCUCUCUCCCCCCCUGAUUCCCACUUUUUGUGUUUUAAAUCAUGUUUAUAUUUAAUAUCUUUACUAGAUUCUAGAGGAAGAAUGGAAGUCACAGAGCAAAGUUUCAGCACCACCUGCUUGCGUUGGUCCAUUGGUUUUUUUAUUACAGAACAUCAAAUCUUAAAGGGCUAACUCACUAUUGUCAACUCCACUCAGCUGUCGGACGGUCUGACUAAAGUCAGUCGCCUCAACAUCUUCACACUUUAUACAUCCAAACGAGUUCAAGUGGUUACAGAUUCAUUUCCAAUAUGUUGUUUCUCUGUGUGAACCAAAGACCAAGACAGAAAGCCUUUAAAUAUCCCGCACCUCAUUACUGGAACCAAUUGCAGAAGGAUCUAAUGACUGAGGCUACGGUUUCAUCGAAUAGUUUCAAAGGGCUCUGCAAUCACAAAGGGACAGAAACCACUGACUGUAGAUGUUUUAUGUGAUUUGUUUUUGUUAGAGUCGUGUUUGAAAUUGUCUUGUUUUCAUCUGGUUUUGCUGCUGGAUAUCCAUCCCAGGACACUCUUGUAAAACAGACUUUCAAAAUCGACGAGUUUCACUUUAUGGCAAAAAUAAGGGUCACAAACAAACAAAGUUGCAGAACAUGAUGACUCCUGGAGAGUUAAAGCUUUAGAAUCAAAUAUAUUUUUGAUUAUUUUAUAAUUUGCUGAGUAUUUUCUUCUCAGAAUUCAGAAUAAGCUCAGAAUCCUUUUGGUUUUUUCCCCCCUGUGGCCCCAAUCUUCUUCUGUACAAGAACAGUGUUGGUUGAGUCCUAAACUAAUGUCGAUGCUUGGUAUAAAUUUAAGCAGCUGUAGUGUUUUUUCCUCCCAUAUCUCCCGUGUCUCUUCUGCUCCGUGCCUCAGGAGAAGGGGGGGUUAAAAAUCGCCUGCCAGGGCACGCCCAUCACUAGCGCUGUGGUUUUUACACCUGCCUCACCAACCCAGCCACUUUGAGCUCAGACCUCCAGGGAUUGCUUCACCUGCAGCCAGCACCGACCGCUUCCUCCGAGGCGUACCGCCGGCCGACGCUGCGGACAGGUGUCCAAACAUGAGCGCCGACGGCCGCUGACUGCAGCCCGCCUCCAUCCGACCAACUCUCUCUGCGGCGGAGGGGAAGCGGCGAGUGUUUUCCCCGCGCCACCGCGGGGGGACGUGCGCUAAGUGACGGAGGACACAAACAUGCAAUAGGCGGCAUCCCGGUCCGCCGCUACGCCAGAGCGCUCCCACCGGACCUGCUGAACUUUACCCCUCCACCCCCCCGCCCCUGACGCGAUGGCAGCCGCCACUCUCGGGGAAGUUGGAGGCGUCCUGCACGGCAUCGACGGCGUCGUUCACGUCGGCUCCCAUUUCGUUCUCACGCCUCCCGGGUACGGGCCGACUCUGCUGGGGGAGCCCCACCUCGCCCCCGGGGACAGGCGGUACCUGCCGACCACGCCGGAUCUGAAGCACUUAAAGGGCAUUCUGAGGAGGCGGCAGCUGUACUGCAGGACGGGGUUUCAUCUGGAAAUACUUCCGGACGGCACGGUGCAGGGGACCCGAAAGGACCACAGUCGCCAUGGUAUUUUGGAAUUCAUAAGCCUCGCUGUGGGACUGAUAAGCAUAAAAGGAGUGGACAGCGGGCUUUACCUGGGGAUGAACGACAAAGGGGAGCUCUAUGGCUCUGAAAAGCUCACAGCCGAAUGCGUCUUCAGGGAGCAGUUUGAGGAAAACUGGUACAACACCUACUCGUCCAACCUCUACAAACACGGGGACAAAGGGACACGUUACUUUGUGGCUUUAAACAAAGACGGGACUCCAAGGGACGGGACGAAAUCCCGACGGCACCAGAAAUUCACACACUUCCUGCCCAGGCCCGUGGACCCAGAGAGAGUGCCAGAACUGUAUAAGGAUAUCCUGGGACACAGUUGAGACGCCAAAGUCCCGGAUCGGGGAGUAGCUGCUUUAACGCCCCUGUUCGGCAGGGAGCGAAAUAAUAACAAAAAAGAAGCAAAAACAAAAGCGAGGCCGAGACGAUGCCGGGCGCAGGCAUGGCGGACCAUGACAGGCACCGGGGGUGGGGGGGGAGAGAAGGGGAAGGAGGGGGCAUCUUGUAGGAAUGCACAGUGGCCAUCUCUCAGCGGCCACGAAGACAGGCUAGAAUGCCUCGGCAUGAGGGGCUCGUUUGUUCUGGAGGCCGGAGCAUCCCGUCCCAAGAUGAGUCCAGGGGGGACGAGCAGGGAAGCGGAGCCCAGGAGUCCCGCUGCGGAUUUGCCUGGCGAUCCUUUUCUUCGAGCGAGAACCUGCCGUUGGUUGAGAAGGACUUUGAAGGAAUUCGUUUUUGUUUUUUUUAUUUCAGACCUGUGUCGAGACAUUUUGAAAAGUGUAAAAGUCUAUUUAUUCUUUUUUUUUUUUUUUUUAGACACACAUAUUUAUCUUUAUAUAUUUAUUUAUUGGAGAAUAUAUUUUUACAGGUAGAAUCACGCCAUAUAGAAAAGAAAAACAAUCCCCACUUGGAACCAUGUCAUUUUAUAUUUUUUUGAUCUUUAUACCUGAAAAAUAGGUAUAAAGUGAUAGAGUGAUACCCAGUGAUGCUAUGUAAUUUGAUCCAAAUUGUAAAACUUUUUGAAAAUCUCUGCGAAUUUGACAUGUACUCUCUCCCAGCUUUUAAUUGUAUGUCUUUUUUAAUUAGUAAUUAUGGCCAUGCUAUUGUAACGCAUCAGAUAGGGACGCCACGAUGCAACACUGAGUAAAAAUUAAACACUAUCACAAUAUUUACCACAAAAAUGAUCCAAAUCGAUUUAUUAGUGCAAAUUUUAAAACAGAAUUAUUCUUCCGACCUUGAAAAUAAUGUGACAAAUCUUUCAGGUGUAAUAAAAAGCAUGAAACAAA